AUGAGAGUGAGUGACGGGCCUGGUGCUCAAUCUCAUACUCGCCGGACUAAUACGCCGCUAACAAAAAUGUCUUGUUGGCCACAGGAACCAGUGCCUCUGUCUCCGACGUGCGCGGGUUAUGAAGGUACGAUGCGUCUUGACGAAAAGGCAUAUCCGUGCCCCAAACAAACCAAGUCUUUACACGGGGGGAGUAAUGAGGGUGAUGAAACUUCCUUUUCCCCCAACUCUUUUCUUUUGCACACGCACUCGCCUGCACAAGUAGCUACGAGUCCUUUGAUGGGCUCGCCGAUGGAGCGCAGCUAUUCUUUACCUGUUGCAACGCAAAAGGAAUUCGAUGAUCAUAUCUGUAUUGCGAGACAGUCCGGUCAUGAGUGCCAGGGAGCUUCUCGAUCUCAAGAUUAUCAUUUUAGGACUCGCGCCUGUUCUUGUCAAGCUCGUCUGCUCGGCAUGGAUGAGAAUGAUAAGUGUCUUGAUACGGCUAUCCAAAUCCAAUGCUGCUGGGCUCAGCCUUGGCCUGGUUCUUAUUGUAGCACCACGUCUUUUGAGACGGAUCUCGAUCAGCCUUGCGGCGACCCCUCGGUUAAAGAUAUCGAGGACGUUGAUAUUGAUAUUGAGGAAGAAUUAUUGGAUCAAAAGUCAUCGGCACAGACCCGGAAGCAUCUUUCUUGGAUUCCACCGGCUGGAUCCGACCGUGUUUCUCUAGGUCGAGUUUGCACGACGCCGCCGCCGAUGCUUUCGAAACACUACCAAGAUCUUGGCGAAUGGCCGUCUCAUCGGUCUAAGUAUGUUCACCCGAGCGUGAACGAGAGUCGAUUGUUAGAUCACCACUUGCAUGUGUCAACGUCUCAGGACGGAUUAUACCCAUCAUCCAAGGCUGCUUCGUCUCACGCACGUACACUCUUCGAGGCGACGCAGAAGGCAUAUAUCCCUCGAAUUGUCUCUGGUUUGUCAGGCAGUCGCCCUGUGCCGGUCAGUACUAAGUGCCAGUCUUUCUUCAUUCAUCCAAAACAUGUUGAAUAA